AUGCCUUAAUUUAUAUCUCAUGUACAUGAUUAGUUAGUUGAAAACUUUAUACAAAAAGGACAAUCUCGUUUAUGUUAAUAAGGACAAUCAACAUUCUAUUAAGAUUUAAAGGGAUAUAUUAUUCCGUGUAAUAUCCAUAUAAUACCAUAAUAAGGAUAGAAUGAUUACCUUAUUAAUGCAAUAAUUACAAAAGAUUUAAAUUACAAUCAAUGUGUUGUCUUUGGUAUGAAUGGAAGGCUUUAUGGGAUGACUUAAGACUUUUUCGAAUUUUCUUAGUAAUCUAUGCAGUUUGAUACUUAUUCUAAAAAGCUAUCAAUCAAUGAUUUAGUUGAUAAAGGUUCUCUAGUAUAAUAUUACAUUGAAAAUAUAUAAGAAUAAAUUUAACUUUUAAAAUAGUCAAUUGAGAAACAUUAAAAUUAUGUAAUUUCAGAGGCUUAAUCCCAAUGGCAAUAUCCAGAUAAUCAUUUAAAUUGUCUUUUCAAUACAAAUUCAAUCCUCAAGUAGUAAUACAAUUCAUCAAUCAAUCAAAUGUUAUCUUUUUCAAAUUUUAUGUCUUAAAAGACUUAUUUAUAAACAUCAAAGUAAACAGAAAAGUCAGCUCAAAUUUCUGAUUUUGAUGAAUCAGGAUCAUAAAAUAAAGAAUUGAUAGUUGAUGGAGUUGAGUGGUCAAUAUUAAAUUAAAGUUUUCACAAUUCUAUUAGAUAGAUGCUAGACUAAUUUAGUGACAAAUAGAAGACAAAUAGAAUUAGGUUAGUAAUGAUUUAUUCUUUGACUUUUAAAAAGAUUUCAUUUGGAAAAAGAUCAUUGGGAUAUUUUGUAAUGGAAUUAAAAGAUUAUCGAUAAGAAUUCACUUAGAAAACAACAUCUCAAUAUUUUACAACAUAUUUAACAAAAAAAACAGAAUCUAGUCAUAAAAAUGUAUCCAAUUAUACAUUUCCUAUGAGUGAAGUUGAAGAGAUCUAUUCGGAAAAACCAAUUAUAGAUGAUGAUUUAGAUAAUCAGAUAAAAUAAAUUAAUCUAAAAAAUCAUUUAUUGUAUCUCAAUAAAUUAGAAAUUGAUAAAUAAACUAUCGUUUUAAAUGAAAACCAAAUAUCUUCAAUUAAUGUAACCAAGUAGAAAAUGUAAUCAUAUGAUUUUGAAAAUUCCUCAAGACUAUUGAAGAUUCAAACUGACAGGUAACCUAAGAAACAUCUUCUAACCACAAGGAUUGAACUCCAAAGUAUUAAUAUUCAGCAUGAUGAUGACGAUAUAAUGUAAGAAGUAGAAAAGGAAUUUGAUGAAAUUGUCUUUGAGAGAAAGAUGAUUAAUAAUUAAGACUAAGAUUAAGAUUACGAUGAAGAUAAUUUUGAUAUGCAGAGAGACAAAAACCAAAAAGAUUACUAUUUAAAAUAGAAAACUAAAAUUAUUAAUGAAUAAUAAAGCAAUUAAACUUUUACUAGGCAGCUAUCUGCUCUUAAAGACACAUUCUAAUAUCUUGAAAAGAUAAGCAGCAAUAACUUUACUAUAAACUCACUCAAAAAAUUUACAUAUUUUUCUCUCUGUGUUAUAAUACUACUAUUGAUAAAUGUUGUUAUGGACUCCUUGAGGGCUUAUACUCAUGUAUCAGAGAAUGAUAGCUUCAUAAUCUAAACUUUAGAUGAGAUAAAAUAUCAUAGAAUUUGUGCCAUCAAAUUGAGUUUGUUCAUUACAAAACUUCUAGGGUAAUAAUCAAUUAUCAAUAAGAAUUAAGUAAUAUUCUAGUUGUAAUAAAAGUAAAGUUAAUACGUCUAUGAUUAUAAUAUUUAUAAUCAAUAGUAUUUAUUGAUAAAUAAUUAUGAAUCAACUCAAUAAGUAACUGCUGAUCAAUUUAACAUGUUGAUAUAAUAAUUUGAUAAUGAUAUGAGAAAAAGUCACUAAAAUGUAGAAUAAACCAGUAUUUUAAACUCCACCUUUUAAUUUACUAAUGAAACAUAAUUAAUUUUUAAUUACAUUUAUGAUAUUGUAAUGCAAGAUCUAGAUAAGUAUGAUGACUAAAAAUUGGAUUAUAUUUCAGCAUCUAUUUUUAUUAUUCUCUAUGUUCUUUUAAUUGUUUAUUAAAUCAAAUUUUUAUACGCCAAGUAAAAGGUGAUUAUCAAAUUGCUGAAAUUAACCCAUCAAACUAAUAUUAAUAAAAUACAAAAUUAAAUCGCUAGACUUUCAACAAUCAAAGAGACUUUUGAUUGUAAUAAUUCCAAAAAUUGGAAAUUAACCUCUUAUGUACAAAUUAUUUCAGAAGAUGUUUAACAUGAGAAAUCAUAAAAAAAGCAAAAUCAUGAUUUAGAAGGGAAUAUUGGACAUUAAUACAUUUAUCCGAAUAUUAUUGCAAUAGUACUCUUGUGCUUAUUUGCUGCUAUGGGGUUACUCUUUUAACAAAUAUAUUAUUAGUAAGAGUAUCUAACAAUAUAGAAAUAAUUUCUAAAACUAAACAUUAUGAUAGAUCAUAGUCUGAUUUAUGGAAGCCUGAUAAAAACUUAUUACAUUUUAUAGAUAUCGAGAUCCUUAGAUAAUUCUAUAAUCGAGAACUUCAAUGAAUCCAUCAAUAACUAGAUAGACGUAACAAAUGAAAUUAUUGAUCAUUUAGAGACAUUGUAAGAAAGAAGUUUGCUUGAUACUUUAAUUAAUGAUUAAUGUCUUUAUUAUAAGGAUAUGAUAGAAUAUUGUCAGAAUAGUUACUAUCAAUAUAAUGAAAUGUAUUCAUUAAUCGAGAGAGGAAUUAUUAGUUUAACAAAUAACAUUCAAAAAGUAAAGAAUACUGAAUUCAAUUAAGAAUUAACAACUAAAUAAUUUUUGAAAGAAUCCAAAGAAUUAACAGAUUAUAUAAAUAGCUAGUCUUUUAUUAAUACGUUUUUAGUGUAUUUUUCAGAGAGUGUAAACGUAUUAGAUAAGGAAAUAGAUAAUGUAUAUUAGGUUGGAUAAGAUUAAUUUAGUAGUUAUGUUUUGAUGAUUGAAUUAUACGAGAUUGGAGUGGGGAUUAGUCUUGGCUUAAUGUAUUUACUUUAUGGAUAUCUAACAUAGAUUUAUCAUCGGUUAGAUUUUAAAAUUAUAAUACUCUUUUUAAGAACAAUUCCAAAUGAAUAAAUGUAGUUAAAAAACAUUUUACAUUAAAUCAAGAAUAUAGUUUAGGAAAAAUGA